GACAGGAUGAGCAGCUCGGGUCCUCCGCGAUACCUGGGACGGCACCAGGUGAAGAAGAAGCCGGGGGUGAUGGAGCACCUGGAGAAUCCACAUUAGCUCUGGAUGAGGAGAUGCUGCAGGUGUUGGAUGCUGUCGACCCCGUGCAGCCUGCAGCCAACGCCGCCCGCCCGGCUUUCUCACGGCCUCUUGCGCCGGUUGUAGACAAUAAGAGAGAGAGUGGCGGAGCACCUCGACCCAGCAACCAGGAGGGAGUCUGUGGGCGUAGCGGUGAUUGUAAGAGACCAGGAUGGAGAGCUGACUGCAGAGAUCUUGCUCAGAGGCUCCUCUUCAGUGAGGACUCGGAGGAGGCGGGGAACAUCCAGUCAGCCUCUGCCUGCGUCAAUACUCAGCAAGUAGGCAGCUCCACCAAGCAGAAAGUUACAUCCAGAAGAAAGAGCGCUCCUCGUGGGUCAAACACGAACGCGCCUGACCCACCUCUGGAUGUCUCCAGGGACUACAUCUUGUUCAGCCCCACCCGCCUUGCAGCAGCCAUGAAGAAGGCCAAACUGCAGCAGUCGUUACAGAACCAGUCCGCCUCUGUGCUCACGGUCCCCAGUGGGUUAGACCUCAGCACUCUCAGUGACACUUCACCUCAGCCAGGCGUCGCCUUGCGUGCUCCUGCGGCGCAUGCUGAAAAGCUGCUGUUAUCCAGCUGGGGCUUACCGAAACCCAUCUUGGAGCGCUACCAGAAACACGGAGUGACUCACAUGUUCGAGUGGCAGGCGCAGUGCCUCACCGUCGGACAGGUGCUGCAGGGAGGCAACCUGGUGUACUCUGCCCCAACCAGUGCUGGAAAAACUCUGGUGUCAGAGCUGCUGAUGUUAAAGCGUGUGUUGGAGACAAAAAGAAAAGCGCUGUUCAUUCUGCCGUUUGUGUCUGUGGCCAAAGAGAAGAUGCACUAUCUUCAGAGCGUAUUUGAAGAGGCAGGAAUUCGCGUGGAGGGAUAUAUGGGCAGCACCUCGGCUGCUGGAGGGUUCACAUCGCUGGAUAUGGCUGUUUGCACCAUAGAGAAAGCCAAUUCUCUCGUUAACAGACUCAUUGAAGAGGACAGUAUGGGUCUACUAGGUAUGGUGGUGGUGGAUGAGUUACAUAUGGUUGGAGAUUCUGGAAGAGGAUAUCUACUGGAACUGCUCUUAACCAAAAUCCGCUACAUUGCACAGAAGCAGAACACCACUGGGUCUCUCUCUGAGGGUGUACAGAUCGUAGGUAUGAGCGCCACCUUGCCUAACCUCUCCCUCCUGGCUGGCUGGUUAGGCGCAGAGCUUUACCAGACCGACUACAGACCGAUACCCCUGCAGGAGCAUCUCAAGGUGGGCUGCAACAUCUACGACAAGAGCCUCUCCGUGGUCCGUCAGUUCACUCCCGCGCUGCACAUUAAGGGUGAUGAUGACCACAUAGUGAGUUUGUGCUAUGAGACUGUGAAGGAGGGCCGCUCUGUGUUGCUGUUCUGCCCCUCGAAGAACUGGUGUGAGAAACUGGCGGACAGCAUCGCCAGAGAGUUCUACAACCUCAGACGUCCUGAUCGUCAGGGUGACACAGAGCCACAGCCCAUGAGUCUGGAUCAGGAGGGACUGGUGGAUGUUCUAGCCCAGUUGAGACGAACCCCGGCCGGUUUAGACCCCAUCCUCCAGCGGACUGUACCGUGGGGGGUGGCCUUCCACCACGCUGGUCUGACCUUUGACGAACGGGACGUGUUGGAGGGAGCUUUUCGUCAGGGCAUGGUCAGAGUCCUGGCUGCCACCUCUACCCUCUCUUCUGGGGUUAAUCUGCCAGCUCGCAGGGUCAUCAUCCGAACCCCCACCUUCAACGGACACCUGUUGGACCCGCUCACGUACAAACAGAUGGCUGGACGAGCCGGGAGAAAGGGGGUAGAUACUACAGGGGAGAGUGUGCUGGUUUGUAAAGAGGCUGAGCGCCAGAAAGGUAUUAGUCUCCUCAGGGGGGCUCUUCAGCCAAUCAGUAGCUGCUUGGUGAGAAGGGAGGGCGAAGGUGUCACCACCAGCAUGCUGCGCGCCAUCCUAGAGAUCAUUGUCGGAGGUGUAGCCAGCACUCCACUGGAUGUGAGGUUAUAUGCCUCAUGCUCGCUGUUGGCUGCCAGCAUGAAAUGUGACGGCAAAAAAGAGUCGAAUGAAGAGACCAACAAAGGAGCUAUUGAGGCCUGUGUUGAAUGGCUGAUAGACAAUGAAUUUAUCAGUAUCCAGACGGAUGGAGAAGAAGAGCGAUACUGUCCGACUCAACUCGGUGCCGCCACCCUUUCCUCCUCCCUCUCCCCUCCCGAGGCUCUGGGAGUAUUCGCAGAUCUCCAACGAGCCAUGAAAGGCUUUGUACUGGAAAAUGACUUGCACAUUCUGUAUCUGAUCACCCCGUUGUACGCAGAGUGGACCACCAUAGAUUGGUAUCAGUUCUUCUGUCUGUGGGAGCAGCUCUCGUCGUCGAUGAAGAGAGUGGCGGAGCUGGUGGGCGUCCAGGAAGGUUUUCUCGCACGAUCCGUCAGCGGCAAGCUUGUCGCCAAGACGGAGAAGCAGCGUAGACAGAUGGCUAUUCAUAAACGGUUUUUCACCACCCUUGUGCUACAGGAUCUGGUGAAUGAGGUGCCUUUGGGAACAGUGGCAUCCAAAUACAACUGCAACCGUGGGCAGCUACAGUCUCUCCAGCAGUCUGCGUCCACGUAUGCCGGUAUGGUCACGGUGUUCUGCAAGCGUCUGGGCUGGCACAACAUGGAGCUGCUUUUGUCCCAGUACCAGACCAGGCUGAGCUUUGGGGUCCAGAGGGAGCUGGUCGACCUCGUCAGGGUCUCCCUCCUGAACGCGACGCGAGCCAGAACGCUCUACGCACAAGGCCUCUGUACUGUUGCUGAAUUAGCGAGGGCGACUGUAGCUGAUGUGGAGAAGGCCUUGAGGAACGCUGUCCCAUUUAAGAGCUCUAAGCGUGCAGUGGAUGAGAGUGAGAUGGAGGCAGCUGAGAGACGGAGCCUCCGUUGCGUCUGGGUCGCCGGUGGUCGGGCGCUCACAGAACAAGAAGCUGCCGUCGAGAUCGUGUCCGAGGCGAGACUCCUCCUUCAGGAAGACCUGGCCCAGCUAGGGGUUCGGUGGGACCCGGCAUCACUUCCUCCUGAGGCUCCUGCUGUAAACGUCACAGAUGAUCAUCACAGCAGCGACUCGGACACCUCAUCUGCCUCACAUCUCGGCUCCCGCGAAGCACAGGUGGACAGUUUUAAAGAUCACCAAGAAGGAGACGGAGGCGUGAGCAGACGUGGAAAAGAGAAUAAGGAAGAACAGAGGCAUGAGAAAAGGAUGAAAAUGGAGAGAGCAGGAGGAGAAGUCAAGAGAGAGCAAAAGAAGUCAAAGCCUGAAGACAAGAUAGUGGACAGAAAGUUAUUGGAGUGCAGAAGGGAAGACAGGACAGAGCCAGAAACAGCCAACGAAGCGCAAGUGGAAAGAAGCAAAGAAACAAACAAAGAUAAGACGACAGCUAAUAAGACAGAAGAUCCAGAUGAAAAAAGAGAAAAACAAAAGACCACAAGAUCAAAUCAAGGAGGGGAUGAGCAGAAAAAAGCAGAGCCACAAAAAGAGGAGACGAGUGAAGGGAUUGUCUUGAUCAGACCAGAGACUCGUCAAGCGACUCGUCCUGUUCCUGAAAGGAGCCUGACACAAGAGUUGGCUGAGAUUGUAUCGAGUCCUCUGCCUCAGUUGAUGCCACAUCCUCGGCCGUCUCCUUCCCCAAAGCCUCCCCCUCGGUUCAGAGCUCCAGUAUCCCGAAUAGAGGAACAACGUGGUGUUUCUACACCAAAGGGAGACGGUACCACAGCGCUUGUCGCCUCACCUGUGCAGCCAGGUAGACUGAAGCACUCGAGAGCCUUGAGCAAAGUCCUCCACUCUAUACAGACCGACAAAAGCCUACAAGACAAUGUAGAGACUGCACAGGCGUCGCACUCAAAGCCCGCAGAGGUUUCUUCAGCACCUGGAGGUCAGGUGUCUUCAACUGUUCAAACCCCUCCUGGUGUCUCUGCACCUACAAAUGCAGACAUGCAAGACUCCGUCUCUCCCGCCUCCGCUCCCUUAUUCUCUCCCGAGGCCAAGCGACGAAGGAUAGACAGCAAAGAGGUAGAUAAGUUUUCAUCUCCUGAGCUGUACACGGGAGAUGAGAGAGACGAAGGAGCCGUUCGAAAGGGAGAAGAGACUUUUGGUGACAGCUUUGAGCUGGACACUCAGACAGAAAGAAUCAUUGUUCAGCAGGCAUGCCGACAAGCAGAUGGGAGCGAUAGAGGUAUGAAUCAGGCGGGAGAAGCGGAACAGAUAAGAGAGGAGGAAAUGUUAGAAGCGGCUGCAGAGCAGGAUAAGGAUGCAAAUGAAGGAAGUAACAGGCUUGAAUCCCCUGAUAAUGCAUGUCCCAGAUUCAAUAUUUCUAUCACAGAUAGUCAGAUGGAGCUCAUCCUUAACGCCAGCCACCAGAUUUCUCCUGAUAAUGCAGCGGAAGAUAAAGACGAAGGCGGCGAUGAGGACGCCGCAUCCGAGAGCGUCAACAGAAGCAGCAGCUUCCUGUUCGACAGCCUGUACGACAGCUCUCUGCUCGCCGGUCUGAGCUCACACCAGCUCCUCGACCAAUCUGACGAGGAGGAAUGUGUCGCCCGGGAGACGGGAGACGAGCUCCGUCUUCCAUCCACCCAGGAGCGAAGACACAGCGAGCUCCUCGCCAAUCAGGAGGCGGAGCGGCAGGAGGCGAUCCAAUGGGGCGAGUCCUCUUUUAACCUGUCAGAGUGGGGAGACUCGCUGUUGGUGGGGGAACACUUUCUGGAGAGGCAGAGCUUACUCAAACACACAGAAAGAACUCAGAAAGAGCAAGAGGGCGGUCGUCACACGGCUCAGCAACCAGACGCAGACCACGUUCGUCCUGAUGAGCUGUCAGAAUCACAACCUAAGCCCAAUCAGAUGCAGCCACAGCCAGCUACCAGUACUGAAAAUGAGUAUGGCGAGAAUAAAACCAGUAGUAAUCAAGGCAAUGCAGAUGGGAAGCAGGAAAUGAUGGAAGGGGAAAAGAAAAUGAAAAAAGGGCAGGACAGAUUGUCAGAUAAUGCUGUUUUUAAACACCCACAUGUCCAAAGCACACCUGAAAACACUCUUUACUGCAGCCCCGGUUUACAAGAGAUCUUUGACCGGUGGCCUAGUAUGUCUGACCAGACCUGGCAGAACACAACAGGCCACACAGCCACUCAUACACUCACAAAUGCUGCAAAUACAGCAGAAGUUCCAGAUCUACCUCAGCCCUCGAUACAGGCAGAAAGAAAAAGGGCAAAGCCAAAUGUUCAAGUUGAUACUCGACAGGAACAACCAUCAAGACGUGACAGUGAGGAUGUAACAGAGAGACCGGCCUCUGCUGGAGAUCUUAUCCCCCCAACUCAAGAAACGCCACCCGUCACACCCAGAGUCAAACUGACCACCUCGUCCGUCCAGUCGCCUCUCACCGUUCAGCCGCUCAACCAGUCGACUCCCUCGACGCUCGGGCGACGGAGACCAGCAAACGCGAAAUCUUCGAAAUCUCGCCCAGGACGCAGUGAUCAUCCAUCAGAGGCCGACGCUCAGCAGCUGGUUCAGAAACAACUUCCUGCUCCAGGUUCAAGUUCAAAAACAAAACUCCAGACUCUCAGCCCUCCUCGAGUCUCCGCACCUCUGUCCACCUCCCGGCCGAAGCCUCCAUCUGACGGAGAAUCACCUGUGACCGAUGAAGGCUUCACCCUUCAGCUGUCCCAGGAUGCAUCACUGAGUUCCAGCAACUCUGGGACCUUCUCCAUCAUAGACGUGGCGAGUGACAGGCGCCUCUUCGACACUUUCGUUAACGAAUGGAAAACUAAGGAGCGGUACUCUCUGGCUCUGGCCUGCGAGAAGAGGGAGCACAGAGAGCAGCCUGAGGGGGAAACAGGAGAGAGACAUAGGAGAGCGUCAGCAGCUCAUCAGAAGCUCCACAGCGCCGACGGUUUUCCAGUCAGAGACAGUGAUGGACUCGUGUUGAUAGGACUGUCAGUGUGCUGGGGAGCAAGAGAUGCGUACUACAUGUCUCUGCAGCAAGAGCAGAGCAAAGGUUUGAGCGCCAGUUUGGCUCCUCCUCCACUGGAUGAUGACUUGCCAGUGAGUGAGAGGUUGGCGCAGGUGAAGACCUGUCUGAACAGAACAUCGGAUGUUCACAGAGGAGGUGUGGUUGUCACGUACGACGUCAUCCAGGUGUACAAGAGGCUAGUGCAGAGCUGUGGUAUCAGCUUGGAAGGAAACUGUGAAGAUCCGAAGGUCGCCUGCUGGCUGUUGGACCCUGGCACCGAGGAGAGGACUCUACCCAACAUGGUGACCGUCUACUGUCCUAAAGAAUUGCCUCUGCUCGUCGGGCUCGGGAACCCGCACGCACACUGUCCUCGUGUCAGGGCAGCGAGCAAGAGUGUGCUCGUACACGCCGUCAUGAAUCACCUCGCUGGCCUGCUAGAGAAAGACGGCAUGCUCGACUUAUUCAGGAGCAUCGAGAUGCCCUCUCAAGUGUCUUUGGCUCUGUUGGAAUUGAACGGAGUUGGCUUCAGUGUUAAAGAGUGCGAAAGACAAAAGCACGUGAUGCAAGCCAAACUGGCAGCGCUGGAAUCUCAGGCUUACGACCUGGCCGGGCACAGCUUCUCCCUCACCAGCAUCGACGACAUAGCACAGGUCUUGUUUUUAGAGCUCCACCUGCCUCCAAACGGUGACGUGGCCGGAUCGAAAACUAAGAAGACUCUGGGCUACACGAGGAGAGGAGGUGGCAGAGUGCGACUUGGAAAGCAGUUCAGCACCACCAAGGACGUUCUGGAGAAGCUUCGCCCUCUGCACCCGCUGCCGGGCGUGAUUCUGGAGUGGAGGCGGAUCACUAACGCCUUGACCAAAGUGGUGUUCCCCCUGCAGAGAGAGAAGCAAUACCACCCCACGCUGAGCAUGGACAGGAUAUAUCCGAUCGCCCAGACGCACACAGCCACAGGUCGAGUGAGCUUCACUGAGCCCAACAUACAGAACGUGCCCAAAGACUUUGAGAUUCACAUGCCCACGGUGGUGGGUGAGAGCCCACCUUCACAAGACAGCUGCCACAUGACCACCAAAUCCGGAAAGAAGAGACGUUCUGCGGCUCCUUCAGUUGCAGCUGGCGGUGCAGAACGAGGCCCGGCCUUCUCCGUCAGCAUGAGACAUGCCUUCAUACCUUUUUCAGGUGGGAUGAUUUUGGCAGCUGAUUACUCCCAGCUGGAGUUGAGAGUGCUGGCUCACCUCUCCAAGGAUCAGCGUCUUCUGCAGGUGCUGAAUGGAGGAGCGGACGUCUUUCGCUGCAUCGCUGCCGAGUGGAAAAGUGUCGACCAAGAGUCUGUGAACGACGACCUCAGACAACAGGCCAAACAGAUCUGCUAUGGCAUCAUCUACGGCAUGGGAGCCAAGUCUUUAGGGGAACAAAUGGGAGUGGAAGAGAAUGACGCAGCCUGCUACAUAGAGAGUUUCAAGGCCAGAUACAAAGGGAUCAACGCUUUCCUUAGAGAAACUGUGAAGAACUGCAUAAAGAACGGCUACGUUCAGACACUGAUGGGUCGCAGGAGAUACUUACCCGGGAUCACGAACAGCAAUACACACGUCAAAGCACAUGCCGAGCGUCAGGCUGUGAACACCACCGUGCAGGGUUCAGCUGCAGACAUUGUCAAACUUGCCACCGUGAACAUCCAGAAACGUCUGCGUAAAACGUAUCCCGCAGCUCCGCUCUCUCACCAGCACACAGCCAGCAAUCACCGCAGAGCCGGGACGUCUCAGCGCAGAGGAGCGUACUUUGUCCUGCAGCUGCACGAUGAGCUCAUCUAUGAAACCACAGAAGAAGACCUCAUACAGGUUGCUCAGAUAGUCAAGAGGGAGAUGGAGUCAGCCGUGAAACUGUAUGUCAAACUUAAGGCCAAAGUCAAGGUGGGACCCAGCUGGGGCAACUUGCAGGACCUCGACAUAUAAUAUGAAUUUUUGGAUGAAAUGAAAUACAUUAUACUGCUAUUUUUAAAAUCACUACAUUAAUAAUGACCCCAGAGCUCUAAAUGAACUGUAGAAUGUGUAAUUAUUUAUGUAUUAUUCCAUUUUCUGGUGUACAGAGUCAUAAGUUAUACAUUUGUCAUGAGAUUUUAUGAAAGAUGAUAAUAUGAAAUAACUUAUUUUUUGUGGCUGCAGCAAAUUAUUUUUGUUAUUUAUCAACACGCUGAUUGUUUACUCUAUGAAAUGUUAAAAAACUAACAUCCAAAACCAAGAGGUGUUCAGUUUACAGUGAAAUAUGUCGUCUAAUAUUAAAAAAAAAAAUCUGAAUCAAGUAUUGUUGUCAGUCGUCGAAUCAUUUCAGAAACAAGACACAGCAGCUUUCGUCUAGAGGACAUCCUGAAAUCUCACAUUUUUAUUGGACCAUUGGUUGAUUGGUUGUCUGUCACAAGAACAUACAUCAUCAUCUUCAUCAUCAUUCGUUAACACUGUUUUUGUUUUACACUUAUGACAUUCACUGCACGAGAAGUGUUGUCCGUAUGAUCGACGUUUUUUUUUUUCUGUGCAAACCUCAACUGGUUACGCGGGAGAGAGGGAGGAAAAAUAAAUGUGGUCCAGGAAGCAUUUUGUGACUUUAGUCUCAGUCGUUUUUGAGGACACAGGCGACCUGUUCGUGCACUGCGGGUGGAUCUCGAUAACCUCGAUACAAAAGUUGAGAUUUUUAAAUGAUUCACAUCGACUUUAUUGCCAAUUUAAGCCAACGCAGAGUAUCUUACAGACCCUUUUCACAACGUUCAACUGGAACUAAAUACGGCCAAUUUAUACACCCCUGGAUAAACCUUUUUUUAGGAUGACUCGUGUUCAUUAUUGAUUUAACGAUUAACCAGUGCACCGUGACUCAACAGAGCUCAUCAACACAGGCUCAGUUUGACACAAAAAAAUAAUGAGUAACAAGUAAAUAAAUACAUGUCACAGACACACAUCCAUAAACAAAUACAACAAAUAGAUCAUGAACAGCAAAGACUUUUUUAAAAAAAAGAAAAAUGAUGGUUUAAAAUAGGAGUGUGAUCCCAGAUGUUGGUACAGAUGUAAAAAAAAAAAAAAAGGCUUUUUCUAUGUGUCAAACAGCCGCUGAACUCAUGCCGUUACAUAAUGAGGAACAUUAUCGUUUACCCAAAGUGCUAACUGGUGUCAAUGCCGUCAUUACCUUUUAGUAUUUACGGAGCCAGGUACGACUAAGCAGCUACAAUGAGUGCAACACGCGAAUGCUGCGUCAACCGACUCUGGAGCGAUGUGAUAAAAUGACGCUUGUCAGUGAUAUAUCCGCCCCCCAAAGCGUCGACGAACGCGCGUGUCGCUCUGUAACGUGAUAGAAGUGUGUUUUUUAUGAGGCAGUCGAAGUGAUCAUGAGAAGAGAACAAUCAUCUGCGGACACAAUGAUAAUCAGAAUCUUUGGUGGGUUUUUUUUUUUUACGCCGUUAUCCACUGACCUUCUUGCACCUCUGAAAAUCAUACAACAAAUAUUGGCGUGACCGGUUUCUACAAAGGGGAGAUGACGACGACAACAACAACUGGCAAAUUCUGUGGUUGGCAAUAGUUUCAAAGCCAAUGAGACGACUCUGAGGAAGAGGAAGAUGUGACGCCAACUCCGAAACGACAUCAACUGUCCUACCACCAUCACCCCCUUUCACUCUUUUAGGGCCUAGCAGACUUUUAAAAACAGAAAUGAGACUAAAACGGGGCCGUGUGUUGGGUGAAUGCAGUUUUCUGUAAACAUAGUUUUAGUCAGACUCACUGCCACAAACA